AUGCAGCAUCAAGACUCGACCCCGACCGGACCCAGCGGCCCCCGCCUACAGACCGGCUUCUCCAAGCACUCCGUGAACGGCAGCCAUACGGGCUUCUCCCACGGUGCAUUCCACACCAACCAGCCAUCCCUAGGAGGCUACUCGGACCGACACCCUGAGCGAUCAAACAUCCCCAGCAUCAACACGGGACGAUUAGGACAAAACAACCAAAAUGGCAACGACAUGCAAACGCCUGGGACCGCAUUCGAUAUGAACUUCACCCCACUACUUCCAUCACAGCUUCUUUUGGGCAGCCCAUUUCAGCCCGGUUCUCCGUCUGCCUUCGCUUCACCACAGUUCCAAGGGUUCUCGAAUUUUACCGGCCAGAACCAGAACUCGCAGCAACAACAAAACCAGCAGAAUCAAAUGGGUAGUCCCAUGCAGAUGCAUCAGCCUCUUUCACCCCAACUCUAUCAGAACCUAGUAUCACCGACUGGAAUGAACGCCCCGCAAUUCUUCGGAGGACCGCAAUCACCGACAACUGGCUUUGGCAUGGGCGGUCAACAGAUGGGAUUUGGAGGACAGAUGCACAUGGCCCCUGGAUUGGUUUCUGGGACCAGUCGCACUGUUUAUCUUGGCAACAUUCCCCCCGAGACAUCUGCGGAGGAAAUACUUGGUCAUGUUCGGAGUGGUCAGAUUGAGUCCGUGAGGUUGCUCCCGGACAAGAACUGUGCAUUCAUAUCCUUCUUGGACAGCAGCUCUGCAACGCACUUCCACUCUGAUGCAAUCUUGAAAAAGUUGUCCAUCAGAGCUCAGGAUAUCAAGAUUGGUUGGGGUAAGCCCUCUCAAGUGCCUACAUCUGUUGCCCUAGCCGUGCAGCAGUCUGGCGCCUCGCGCAAUGUCUACCUUGGAAAUCUUCCAGAGGACGUAAGCGAGGAUGAGCUCCGUGAGGAUCUUGGUAAAUUUGGACCUAUCGAUACCGUCAAAAUUGUACGGGAAAAGGCUAUUGGAUUUGUCCAUUUCCUGUCAAUCGGCAAUGCUAUUAAGGCUGUUGCGCAACUCCCACAAGAGCCAAAGUGGCAAGCCCCGCGACGUGUCUACUACGGCAAGGAUAGGUGCGCGUAUGUUUCGAAGACUCAGCAGCAGAACGCUGCGCAAUACCUCGGAAUUGCCCCAGGAUAUGCGCACGUGUUGAACGGUGCCGAUCGGGACCUGAUCUCGAACGCUCUUGCACAACAGUCUGUGGCAGCGGCUGCUGUUGCAACCUCUGCUGGUGGAGUUAACAACUUGGGUAAUCGGACCGUGUAUCUCGGAAAUAUCCACCCCGAGACGACGAUUGAGGAAAUCUGCAACGUAGUCCGUGGUGGGCUUUUGCAUCACAUCCGCUAUAUCCCAGAUAAGCAUAUCUGCUUCGUUACAUUCAUCGACCCGACAUCAGCAGCUUCAUUCUACGCCCUGAGCAACCUUCAAGGCUUGAUGAUCCACAAUCGGCGCCUGAAGAUUGGAUGGGGCAAACAUUCUGGUGCGCUGCCUCCUGCAAUUGCCCUGGCCGUCAGUGGUGGCGCUUCCCGAAACGUGUACAUCGGCAACCUGGACGAGUCGUGGAGUGAGGAGCGCUUGAGGCAGGACUUCUCUGAGUAUGGCGAAAUUGAGCUUGUGAACGCCCUUCGCGAGAAGAGCUGUGCAUUCGUCAACUUCACGAACAUCGCCAACGCGAUCAAGGCGAUCGAGGCUGUUCGUGGACGCGAGGAGUAUAAGAGGUUCAAGGUUAACUUCGGCAAAGAUCGAUGUGGCAACCCGCCACGCCAGAUAAAUGCCAACCAAAACCAACAGAACCAGCCUGCUGGAAGCCAUGAUGGUAUGCAAUCACCAUCCCCAAUCAACGGACUCCAGCCUACUCGUAGCCAAGCUGGACCUUCCGUCUCACCGACUGGCUCUGGAGCCCCAGGAUCGGCUGGUGCGAGCUCGAACGGCCAAUACCAGGGAAUGCAAGGCCAAGCGCCUGCGAAUAUUCUGAACGCUGGUGGCAACAACCCCUUGAUGAUGUAUCUUCAACAAGCGCAACAGAAUCAGCAGCAGCAAGUGCAACAAGAGCAAGUCAAUCUCCAACAGCAACAGCAGCAACAGCAGCAGGCCUUCGCCUCUCAACAAGCUGCAUUCUACGGAGCUGACAUGAAUUCUGGUCCUCCACAACAUCAAUCACACACCGCCCACAAUAGCACCUCCAGCUUCAGCCUUGUGAAUGGUGGUUCAUCGAAUGGCAACGGCUCGACCACUGUGGGAGGUCUCCUUGCGCCUUCAAACCUCAACGCCCGCGCUCAACACGCACGCGCCGUGAGUUUACCCGUGUUUUCUCAAGGGCCAUUCGCACAGCCUCUGCAGCAAUCUCAAGGCCCUCAGCAACAGCAACAACAACAACAACAGCAAAACGCGUUUGGUAGCCUGAGUUCCGGAAUCGGUGGAUUCGGCAGCGGUAACGGCGGCUACGGCCUCGCGAUCCAGGGCGACGGUGGACUCCCCGGCUGGGCUGAAGAAGAGAUCGGGGCGCAGUAG